AUGCCUGCUAUCUCCCAUCUAACGGAACAAGAAAAAGACGUCCUAAUCACCAAAUUAAUCGAUGCCAUCACCUGGUCCUGCCACACACCCUGGAGCCUCUUCAGCCCCCGGGGUCUCAAAUCACUUACAGAGGGUUACGGCAACGAAUGGUCACUGUUACGCGAUAUGGAAACAGAAUCUCUCGAACAGACUCUCCAUGUAGCACUAAUAACCAUCGCAAUUAUCCGUAACGAUGUGGCAGAGCUAAACCGCGUACUUGAUCAGAAUAACACUCCAGCAAUGCCAGCAGUACCCAACUUUGUUUUUGAAGGUAGUACUCGCUUUGGUAUUAACCUUAUCGACAUCACCGCAAGAAUCGGGAGCGGGGAUCUAAUCUCAGCCCUUGCCGCGCGCGACUCCCCGAUGGUGUCUUCUAGCUGGGUAUAUUUGAGUUAUCAUAAUCGGAGGCCGUGGAUUAUUGCAGCUCGUUGUGCAAAUAGGGCCUUCUUUGAGGCUUUGUUGAAGUAUGCAAAGAAUCAGAGGGCGUACAAUUUCCAGGUCCCACUUAACACGGCGCUGCGGGGCGCGAUUCGGGCCCGCAAUAUGGAUAUGAUGGAGUAUCUAGAAUCAAUCUGUGAAGCCCCGGUCGCGUUUCCUGCCAUGCUUCGCGACGCUAUAGGGACUGGGGAUGUGGAGAUCGUCCGGUGGUGUUUACGACAGAAGGACUGCCACGUGCACGGUUCGGGGCCAUACAAAGGCCCGCUAUGGGUCGCGCUACAUGAUUGCCCCAGGGCGACGAGGCCGGCCAUUCUUAAAAUGCUUCUAGAACAUGGCUUUGAUCCGAAUGACAUUGAUCCUGGGAACCGGGAGAAUCCCCUUCAGUACGCGAUUAGGACCCAGGAUGUUGAAUCUGUGAGGUUCCUUGUGCAGUAUGGGGCUGAUGUGAACGUGGACUCUUCGACAUCAGCCUGGACCGAGAAACAGAGGUCACCGUUGGCUUUGGCAGUGUUCAAGUCCUUUGAUAUUAUGCAGCUGCUCUUAGAGAAUGGGGUGAUCAGAAGAUGGUCAUGGAGGGGGAAAGAGCAUGUUUUAAAAAUUGAUACUAAGGCUUUUCAUCACAUAGAGGGUGUCUUUAAGGAAUUGGGCUUUGACGAACUGGGAGUACAGGAGAAAUACAUCGGGCAUUAUAUUAUAGUGAAUGGGUGA